AUGAAGGAACCAGAUGAUCAGGAUACUGAUGGGGGGAAAUCAGAUAGAUCAAAGAGUGACAGAAGGCAGUCUCAUUCCUCUAGAUCUGCAUCAAGAACUUCUAUGAAAGAGGAUCACAAGUCUAUUGAUGAUACCACAGGUGAAGCAUUUACUGAAGGGGAAGAAUCAUAUAUAGAGGAUGAUGAAUCUUACGUGGAACAUUUGGAAGGAAGUUCAAGUUCAUUUCAAGAUGAUUAUACAGAAAGCUUUGGAGAAUCUCGGUAUAUGGAAACUCCUGCCCCAGAUGCAGAGGAGGCAGAGGAGGAAGUUAAGAAGAAAAUAUCAGAAAGCUGCUUCUACGAUUAUAUGGAGCUUGUCUCAAUGCCUUUUGUGACUCCAGAUUCAAACAUACCACUGGAUCUUCUUACACUUGUACAUUCCUUUGGUUAUGACUGCAGAAAGCGGGCCAACUUACAACUUCUGGAAAGCAAUACCGUGAUGUACAUAGCUGGGAACCAGCUGAUUUUUCUGAAUUUGAAAACCAAAGAACAGACCUACUUGCGAAGUAGCAGUGGAAUAGGAAUUGGUGUCAUUGGGGUUCACCCUGAUAAAACUUAUUUCACAGUAGCAGAAAAAGGAGUUUUCCCAAAAAUAAUCAUUUAUGAAUAUCCUUCAAUGAGGCCCUAUAGAAUCCUUCAAGAUGGAACUGAUUUGGCCUAUGCAUACGUGGACUUUAACUUCGAUGGUACCCUGCUGGCUUCUGUUGGUGGCAGUCCUGAUCACACCCUGACCAUCUGGAACUGGAAAGAAGAGAAGCCUCUACUGAGGACAAAAGCUUUCUCCCAGGAAGUUUUUAAGGUUACUUUCAAUCCUGAAGAUGACGAGCAGCUCACUACCUCAGGAUCAGGCCACAUCAAGUUCUGGGAAAUGGCUCUAACAUUCACUGGCCUCAAACUUCAGGGUUCAUUGGGUCGAUUUGGCAAAACAGCCACAACUGAUAUAGAAGGUUACAUGGAGCUCCCGGAUGGGAAGGUGCUCUCAGGGUCAGAAUGGGGCAACAUGCUGCUUUGGGAAGGAGGCCACAUCAAAGUGGAGUUGAGUCGAGCUGCAGGCAAGCCUUGUCACCAGGGUCCCAUUAACCAGAUAAUGCUGGACGAGGGAGAAGUCAUCACCAUUGGGUCAGAUGGAUGUGUUAGGAUAUGGGAUUUUGAGACUAUAGACACUGCUGAUGUUAUAGAUGAGACUGGAUUACUAGAGAUAGAGCCCAUUAAUGAACUUCAAGUAGAUAAGAACGUCAAACUCUUCUUUAUGAUAAAAAUGAAUGAAGUUGGAAAUAACUUUUGGUUGGCUCAGGAUUCCAAUGGAGCCAUAUGGAAGCUUGACCUUAGCUUUUCAAACAUUACCCAAGAUCCAGAAUGCCUGUUCUCCUUCCAUUCUGGAGCCAUUGAAGCUUUGGCCGUCUCUCCUGUCACUUAUCUCAUGGCCACUACUGGCUUGGACUGCUCUAUUAGAUUCUAUGACUUUGCUGGCAAAACUCCUUUGCUUCAGAUGAAAUUCAAGCAAGGAGGUACUGCCCUUGCUUGGGUACCACGGCUGAUAAGCUAUGGUGGAGCACAGAUCACUGCAGGAUUUGAAGAUGGCAUUGUUCGAAUUCUUGAACUUUAUGAUCCAAAAGGGCUCACGGUUUUUGUGGGACGGAAGAAAGUUUCAGAUGCAGAUAUUCGUUUGAAACAGGUUUUCAAACCUCAUACUGCUGCUGUCACUGCUUUAGCUUAUGAUCGUGAUGGAGAAGUUCUAGCCACAGGGAGUAAAGAUAAAACUGUCUUCUUUUUCGAAGUGGAAAGGGACUAUAAGCCUAUUGGUUAUAUUACUACUCCUGGACCUAUUUGCCAGUUAACAUGGUCUUCAAGCUCUCAUCCUGAAAGUACUUUACUGAUUAUUUGUGAGAAUGGCUAUGUUCUUGAAGCUCCAUUUCCAGCUAUAAAGGAGGAAGAGGAGGACCAUGACGUAGUUUCCUAUGAAAUCAAAGACAUGUGUUUAAAAUAUUUCCAUUUCACAAGUGUCAAGUCUAAAAUUCUGAGAUUAAUAGAAAUUGAAAGGAGAAAGAAACAAAAGGAGCUGAAGGAGAAGGAAAAGCAAGAAAGAAGGAAAAGGCUAGAAACAGAGAUGGGCGAAGAUGUGGAAAAGGAACUCCAGGGAGAAGAGGAGGAGGAGGAGGAAGAGGAAGAGGAGCCCUUACCUGAAAUCUUUGUUCCUUCAAAGGCCUGUCACAUCCUCUGUGGGUUUUACUCUGAGCCAGGAAAGUUCUGGAUUUCUUUGGGUGGCUAUGAUUCUGGUUUUCUAUAUCACUGUGAAUUUCCUCCAGAUGACAAAAGCAGUGAUAACACAGUAAGGAAAGAUGAACCUUUUGAUUUCCGUCUUCUUGAGGAUACAGAGGAUAAUCCCAUCACAACUAUCACUUUCAGUAUUAACCAAGAAAUGAUGUUUUGUGGAAUGCAAAAUGGAGCGAUUCGAGCAUAUAUCCUAAGUAAGAAUGAUUCUUCAUUGACCAGCAUGGAGGACUACUGGCACUUCAAUAUGCAUGACAAUAAUUAUGGACGUGUUAAUGCCAUCUCUACUAGCUUUGAUGACCGGUUCUUGGUGACUGCUGGAGCAGAUAGUAAUAUCUUUGUUUUCAACAUUUUUUCUGAGUUUGAGUUAAAGAAAGUUGUGAAAGCCAAAGUGCCAUCUCCCAGGUUUGGACUAGAAACAGAACCAAUUCCAGAAGAUAUUGAAGAUUCUAAAGCCUACAGUAUUGAGAAUGCCAGAAGAAAAAGAGAACAUGACAAGUUAAUGAAAGAAGUAGAAGAAAUCAAGGCUGGAAAGAGAGAACAGAUCAAAGCUUUAAGGAAUCAAUUACAGAAACUACUACAGAUGAAUGAAGAAUUACCCAAACAUAUGCAGUUUAAACGGACAGAUUUUGAUCUAGAUUCCAAAAUUCGUGCUGAGAUUGGAAAGAAAACAGCUAAUAAAAUUCAACGAGUGGAAAAGGAAUUGGCUUGGGAAAAGGAGAAACACCAGCUUGGCCUAAAGAAGUUACAGAAUAGAUUUCGUGAUUCAUUGGAAAGUGAUACUAUUGUAGUUCAUGCCAUUCAGAGUGAUCACAAGAUAUCCUCCUAUAGGCUCGUGAAGCCCUCUAAAUACUCCAAAACCAAACGGGCAAGUCAGUCGGAGAGAAGACCAAGCAAAUUUGAGAGGUUUGAAAAAGAAGGAACUGGAAGAAAGGAUAGCCAGAGAGAUACAGGUGGAAGUAUUAGUGUGCCAGAAGAAUCAGUCAUAGAGAAAGGGAAGAAAUUUCGGCCUAAAACCCUAAGUGAAAUUAUGGUGGAAAAUCAAAUUGAGAAAACAAGGAAACUUAUAUUAAAAGCUGAAAGGGCCCAAAUGAAGAUUCAGCAACGAAAAAAAGAAUGGGAGGAACUGUACAAGAGUAAACCUGAUGAUGACUAUGAAGAUCCCAAAGAUGUUCAGGCCAUCAAAGAGGCCCAGUUAUUUAUGGGAGACUUUAAUUUGAAGACAGCCUCAGACUACAAGAUACCUGAACACAUGAGAAUAAAUGCUGCCAAGAAGGAGGAGGAACUGGGAUACCUAGACUCUAUGGCCUACUCAAAGAAAAUGCACAUGAACAAGAGCAUCAUCUCUCUUCGAGACCUUAAGGUGGCUGUCAUCGAGGAAAUACAGUGUCUGGAGCAAGAACUGAAGAACAUUCAGUUGACUCUUCCCAUAUCCAAGCACCUGCCCAUUCCCCAGGUCCCUCAGAUAUACCCGGAAGAAGUUCCAGAAAAGAGAUUUCAGUAUGAUGAUGAAACCCUCCUAGCUUUUAAGCAACAGCAGGUGAAAAGUCAGGAUGAAAAGGCCCACCAGGUGGAACAGACAGCAUUUGCAGGCUCAGCUGGAGGCUUCCUCAGACUCUCUUCUGGAAAGGAGGGAGAUUUAACAACACGUGAUUCAUUGUCUAGAGCAUCAAAAGCAUCAGCAUUCAGUCUGGACCUUCCAAAGUUCACAGAAUUUGAAAGAGCAGAUCCAACUGACGUGGAGCUGGAGAUUAUGAAGAGGGAGGAGAUCAAACACGUGUACAUGCAACAGUAUUUGAUCAACCGGAUCAAAGAACUGAUUGUCACUUUUGAUGCAGAACUCCGUCUCCUGAGACAUCAGAAACUGAAGUUAGAUAUUCAGAUGAAAUUAUCCGACCUGCACCAUGUCACAUUAUUUCAAGAAAUGCUUCUCCUGAAGAACUUUGAAAAACAGGAGAACAUACUUCAAGAGCGUGUUAAUUCAUUAGACAAAGAGGAACAGGACAUGCAAUGGAAAAUAAAUGAAACUCUUAAAGAGAUGGAAGAGAAAAAGAAUGAAGUAGCCAAGCUACAGGACCAAGAAAAAGCCCUCUAUGCUGGUUUCCAAACAGCGCUUGGAGAAAACAAUAAAUUUGCUAAUUUCCUUAUGAAGGUACUAAAGAAGAGGAUUAAGCGGGUGAAGAAAAAAGAGGUCGAAGGAGAUGUCGAUGAAGAGGAGGAAAGUGAAGAAUCAAGUGAAGAAGAAUCCAGCUUGGAGAGUGAUGAGGAUGAGUCUGGAUCUGAAGAUGAGGUUUUUGAUGAUUCUAUCUGCCCAACAAAUUGUGAUAUGGGUCUCUUUGAACUGGCCCUUCAACUUCGGGAGAAAAGGCUGGACAUUGAAGAGGCUUUAGUUGAAGAAAAAAAAAUGAUUGAUAACCUCAAAAAGGAACAUGAUACAUUGUCAAAAAAAGUAAAAACUGUGGCAACUAAUCUGAAUGCAGCAGAGGAGGCCCUGGAGGCUUAUCAACGUGAGAAGCAGCAGCGGCUGAAUGAACUGCUGGUUGUGAUCCCGUUGAAGCUCCACCAGAUAGAGUAUGUGCUAUUUGGAGAACUACCGAGUGAUCUUUCUGGAACUUUAGUCUUUUCCAACCACUCCUUGGGACGAUUGCAAGAACGAAUUGUCCAGCUCCAUGAGGAAAAUUCCAAGCAGCAAAAACUUAACAAAGAAUGCCGGGAGAGGCGUAAGCAGCUCAUCCGAGAAAAGAGAGAGAUGGCCAAAACAAUACAGAAAAUGGAAGAAACAGUGAGUCAACUAAUGAUUAGCAAGUUUGGCCGCGUGAUCAAUCUAGAAGCCCUUCAGACACUUUCUGUGAAUACAACGCUUGAAGAACUAAAGAUCAAAAAGCUUCGAAAGGAGCUAUCGAACAUAAAGGAAAUGAAAAUGUGGGAGGAAAAGAUUGCUCAAGUUCGAUGGGAAUUGAUGAUGAAGACAAAAGAGCACACCAAAAAACUUCAUCAGAUGAAUGAUUUGUGUAUUGAAAAGAAGCAGCUUGAUUCGAGACUGAAUACUCUACAGAACCAGCAGGGCAAUGCCUUCCAGGGCCCUCGGAAAGCAGAUACUGAGGCAAGAGAAAGGGUCACUGAACUGAUCCAAGUCCAAGCCGAAAGGAUUCAGGCCUUAAAGGAAGAGAUUGCUCUUUUGCGUAAGAAAGGUGGUCUCCUCCUGCCCCCGAUUCAUCGCCCACAAGAGAAUGAAUGA